AUGACUCUCACUUUGGCCCAAAUCCAGAUCGGCUGGAUAUCUGCGCUACCAAUUGAAGCUCUGUUGGCCGAAAUCAUGCUCGACGAGUUGAUCGAGCAGACAAUUCCACUUCCUCCCAACGAUAAUAACAUAUACACCUACGGUCGUAUCAAGAUCAGCGGAAGCGAUGCAUCGCACAUCGUGGCUAUAGCUCAGCUUCCUCUGUCCAAUCCCGGCAAGUCGUCUACCGCAACGGUAGCUAACAACAUGCGGCGGACAUUCCCAAACUUGAAGUUUGGAAUCAUGGUCGGCAUUGCUGGUGGAGUUUGGACUCAAGAAGAAGAUAUACGUUUGGGUGAUGUCAUUGUCGGCGUACCAGAUGAUGGUGGCCCCGGUGUUAUACAAUACGAUUAUGGUAAAGCUAUACAGGAACGCGAAUUCUCUCCUAAGGGAUCUUUCAAUAGAGCUCCUGAUGUGCUCCGGACCGCAGCUGGAAUGCUGAAACGAAAGCAUAUGCGGAGGCCUGGAAAGUAUGUUUCUAUCUUAGAAAAUCCGGAGGUUAAGCGUCAUGCCCCCCAUCCAAGCGUUGACAGCCUGUUCUGUCCUACGUACCUUCAUCAAGGCGGACGUACUUGCGAAGGCUGCGACACAGCUCAUCUUCGUGCUCGCCUUCUUCGCAGCGAUUCGACUCCUAGAAUUCAUUAUGGCGCUAUAGCUUCGGGAGACCAAGUCAUCAAAGAUGCAAUUAUGGCUGAGAAGAUUCGAAGAACUCACAACAUUAUGUGCUUCGAGAUGGAAGCCGCUGGGCUGGACGCUUUCCCCUGUCUAGUCAUACGCGGCAUCUCUGACUACGCGGACACCCACAAGAACGACGACUGGCAUGCAUACGCUGCAGCAACAGCAGCAGCCUAUGCUAAGGAGCUCUUAGCGGUUGUCCCUGUCACUGCCGUUGCAGGACUUCCUAGAACCGGUUAG